UCACUGUUUUCUUUAUCAUUUCGGAGGCAAACUUAACGUAGUAUGGCCGUCGUCUGGAAGUAUUCACAGUUUUACUUCCACAAAGAAUACGCGAUAAACAUUGCGCAGAGCGAAUUAAGAAAGACUUUUUUAAAUAAAUUCUUUACGCGAGUGAGAUAAACAUUGUUUGACAAGUGAUAAACCGCGAAAUUAAGUAACGCGUAACAAUAAUUCGACCUCAUUUUAGUCUAUUUUUAUUGUUUUCAUCAAAAUUUUUGACAAAAUGUGGUUAGUUAGCCAGCCCAAUUCUGUGAUUUUGGAAGUCAAAGUGGAACCCAAUGCAAUUGGACAAGACUGCCUUGAAAAGGUAUGCGAGAAACUGGAGAUCGGUGUCGAAGCGGACUACUUCGGUCUCCGCGUAUCUCCAGGAUCUGGCCCCGGCAGAUGGCUCAACCUGAGGAACCCUCUCGACCCACACCGCAUCCCCGGAGGUCGACUCGACCUCCGAGUCAAAUUCUGGGUGCCCCCACAUCUCCUGAUAAACGAAGCUACCCGUCACCAGUUCUAUCUCCACGCCAAACUCGAUCUCAUUGAAGGAAGACUGGUCGUAGCAGAUCUAGAAGUAGCUCGGAAAAUCAUCGCCUACAUAGCUCAGGCAGAGACAGGAGAUUGCGAACGGGAACUGCCACCAACACACAUAUACGAAGAGUGUGACAAAAUUGGUCCACAAGGCGAGCGACCAGAAGAUCAUGUCGACAAAAUCAUAGAAUACCACUGCCAAAUUACCGGGAUGAGAGCUUCUCAGGCGGAGUACAGAUUGUUGAAAGAAAUAUCAGAGUUGGAGUCAUUUGGGGAGGAAUUGUUUUUCUGCAAGCCUGUCACCAUAAACAACAACGCUCACAAUCUGUACAGCCACCUGCUGUACCACAGGCAACAGGCGGAAGAGCCCAGAGCGAGGGAUGAGCAGGAGAUCGACGGUGGCGCGACAGUAGGCUGCUUGACGUCAGGACAGAGUGGAGGGGGCUGCGGCUGCAGGCUGAGCACGUGUGUGGGAGUAGGACCACACGGCAUCGUCGUCUACAGACCAGCCUGCAAUGGAGAACAAGAAAUUGGAGUCGAGAAACAAAGUAUCGCAUACACCGCAAUCCACCGAGCGCAACCAUUCCGGCGCAACUUCCAAAUGUCGUUCGUGACGGACGAGGGCAAUGAAGCAACUCUUCACAUCAAGAUGGCCACGUCUGGGCAGGCAGCGGCCCUGUACCGCGCAGUGACGGAGAAACAUGCCUUCUACUACUGCGAGACUGUACGAACUGCAGUCACUGAGCAGUUCACUAGAGAUCUGAAGGGCACAAUAGCGUCAAUCUUCAACGACUCGACGACUCUCGGGCGGCGCUAUGUGUUUGACAUCCGGCGCACGUGCCGCGAGGUGUACGACCGCGCGCGCCGCGCCGCGCAUGCGCAGCUACACUCCGCCGCGCCGCACGACUCGCGCACUCGACGCCGCACUGCCUCGGGCUCGGAACACAAGGAGUCCCGGUCUCGCUCCCACAGCGGCGGGUGUCGCGCGGAGGCGCUGGCGUGUCGCGUGUGUAUGGACGAGCCCAUCGACACUCUCUUCCUGCCCUGCAGACACGUCGUCUGCUGCGAAAAUUGCGCUCCCAGAUGCAACCGCUGUCCGCUGUGUCGCAGCGAGAUAGAGAAGUUAAUGCACAUAUUCCUGCCGUGCGACUACCCAAAGAGUCCCGGCCUAGUGAAAUGAGUGCGAGGCUCGACCGACUUGGAACAAGAUGAUGAUGAGUUUCUACUUGAAAUGAUUCCGCCGCCGUCCGCCGGCAGACACAGGACUGUGUGUGUGUGUGUGAGAGAAGUUGUCUAGUCACUAAUGUUUGACUCCAUCUGACAAAUGCAUUUUAGGAAUGGACACCCAUUUCAAUUUAUGUUAAUCUGGUACUUACUUCUUAGUAUUUUAAAUCGUUUAUAUGAUUUAUUGGCUAUAUCUAAGUUGAUAUUAUUACGAGAAAAAUGUAAAAAAAGAAAAUCUAUGUUUAAAAAUAAUUUACCAUUCAUCUAUUGUUUUUUAUCGUGUGUAGAUGUAAUUUCCUCCACCAUUGGGAACGGUGGAGAGCUCUGUAAUGUAUUUACCCACAUGAUGUGUUAACCACACGGUGUUCUUGCCGGGGUACUAGAACCCUUGUCAGUCCCGGCUUGUAAGUGUUGAGAGUCGCUCCCACCUUUGUGCCUUUUUAAUCUAAACUACCAUGUUUUGUUGUGGCCACACAUUUUUAAGCUCCUUUCCGCGCAUGGCGCAAAUAUUGUAAAGGGAAGCGUUGUGGCCUUUUCGCGACCACUUAUAAUGAGUUGACGAUGUCCCACGCACUCUCGCUUCCGACCCUGGCCACCACCACGACCGGAAGCGAGAGGUUACUUCUUAAGAACCAUUAAUUAACACGAACCUUCGUUUUAGAAGGCCUAGUUUACUAUUUUGUGAUAAUUAGUUUGUGUUUAAAGAAAACUGUUCAGAAAAAUGUGCAUUUUUAAUUAAACUUAAACUUGCUUGUUCAUCUUUUAGUAAGUUUGUUCGUAACAUUGACUUAAGUUCGAUUGUAAGAUGUAUUUUGUAAGACCUAUGGUCUGUAAGUUAGUUUAUGGGAAAAAAACACAAAAUAAAACAUUACUAAUACUGCCA